AUGCCUCAAAUCCGUGAACUAAAUGAAUUUGCUAUCUACAUUCCUUGUGCUGGACACAGUCUGAACUUGGUGGGAGUAAAAGCGGCAGAGUGUGGUCCACAGAUCGUCUCCUUCUUUGACUUUGUUCAGAGCUUGCAUUCCUUUUACUUGGCUUCCACACAUCGCUGGAAUGUUCUGACGUCAUCCUUUGUAAAGAAUUAUAUUGUGGUCAAGUGUCUCUCUGACACGAGAUGGUCAGCACAUUUCGAUGCUGUCACUGCUCUUCAUGGAGGUUUCGAGAAAAUUCAAGAUGCAUUGGAUGCCCUUGUAGUUGACGCUGAUCACGAGUGGAACACAAGACGCGAGGCAGAAGGAUUGAGCAAGAAAAUGGAGAAGCUAGAGACUAUCUUUUUGACAAUUCUUUGGAAUGACAUUCUGGAAAGAGUGAACAAAACAAGUAAAAUUUUGCAGUCACAAGAUGUGGACAUACUUGUUGCCAUUGAUCUCCUUAAGUCUCUGAAAGCCUAUCUUCGGGAAAUGAGAGACACAUUCAGUGAGUAUGAAGCCAAGGCUAAAAGCAGGUGCCCAGAUUUGAAAUAUAGCGAUGGAGACAAACGUGCAAGAAAGCGAAGUGUGCGUCUUACCAGAUAUGAUGGAUCAGCGGAACAGAUACUUCUCCACGAAAGUGAAAAAUUCAAGUUGGAAACAUACCUUCCUAUUCUACACUCUCACCUGACUAAACGUGCAGAAGCCUUCGAAAGUAUUGGAAAUCUGUUUUCCUUCUUCAGUCAGUUAAAAACAAUUGACUGUAAUGAGCUUAGUCAAAG